AUGGAGUACUGCGACUAUGAUCUAUUCGCAAUCGUCAUGUCCGGCAAAAUGUCCGUCAAUGAAAUUAACUGCUGCUUCAAACAACUAUUAUCUGGUAUAAGAUACUUGCACCACAUGGGUCUUGCCCAUAGAGACUUGAAACUAGACAACUGCUGUAUAAUGAGCAAUGGUAUUCUAAAAAUUAUCGACUUUGGCUCAGCUGUUGUCUUUUCCUACCCCUUUUCAACUACCAUCGUUGAAGCAAGUGGUAUUGUUGGCUCAGAUCCUUACUUGGCUCCUGAAGUGGUGGUAUUUCAAAAAUAUGAUCCGAGAGCUGUAGAUAUCUGGUCCGCUGCAAUGAUCUUCUCUUGUAUGAUGCUAAGAAAAUUCCCCUGGAAAGUCCCAAAACUAACCGACCAAUCCUUCAAAAUGUUUGCAACAAGAAAUGGCGGUGAGUCUUUAAACAACCUAUUGAAAAAGACUCCUCCUCCUCCUUCCUACUUUGAAUCAAAUGCUGUUCCUCCAAUUCGAUUCAACAAUCCUCCUAUCAAUUCUAAAAAUAAGUUGCAAAACCCUCAAAUACAACAAUCAAUUGAUAUCAAACCCGCAAUUAGCCAAAAACUACAUAAACCAAACAUCACCGGUGAAAUGAGGUUACUCAACGCUAUGCCGGAAUAUUGCCGUCCUUUGUUAAGUAAAAUGGUCGAACUAGCACCUGCUUGUCGUUGCAACAUUGACGAAGCAUUUAAAGACCAUUGGUUCAAUUCAAUAGACAUGUGCCACUAUGAAGAGGAAUUUGAAAAAGUUAAUACAAAUAAAUACUCAUCGGAAAUAAUAACUUCCGACUUAAUUAAAGCCAAAAAUCAUGAACAUACUGUGGUUGAUCAAAGUGAAGCUCAUAUCGCAUUUUUAGAGAAAAAGAAAAAUGGUGGUAAAUAA